AUGACAGUGCUGAUAGUGACAGCGUGUCAUUCCUACAAAAUACUGGUGUACAGUCCAAUGAUCAGUAUAAGCCACAUGCAGUCAAAUGGUCGCAUAGCGGAUACACUUGCUCAAGCAGGCCAUCAAGUCGUACUAUUUGAACCGGAAUUUCUACCAAUCGCAAACUAUAAUAAUUCUGCGCUUGCUGAGCGCAUUAUCGUGCCAGGUUUCAGCUCUGCCCAUCUGGAAUGGGUUAAUACCUUCGGAAAAGCUAUAUUUAGCCCGCGAAAUGUUAUCCAUCGCAUUCAGGGUUUUAUUUAUUGGCACAGGAAUAUGGCUAAACUCUGUGCUGGUAUGUCUUCAGAAAUCGGAACUGAACUCACGGCGCUGCAACUGCACGUAGAGAUGCAGUCGUCGGUGUAA